AUGAACUCUAAUAAAGCAAUUUCAGAGACUACUAGUGAUUGUCUGAGUUUGAAAUUGAAUACGUCUAUCUCAAAACAUGAGUCAAACUGGUAUAUUUAUUUAAUAAUGUUAGUACAAAUAUGCCUAGAUCAAGUAGCAAAGCAUCUUCUAGUACUAUACAAAAGAAAACUCAUAGGUAUUUAAAGAAUGAUAAAUUAGUGAUUUCUAGCCUAUGCAAUAAACGUUGGGAUAAGGCUCUUUUGGUUGGGUAACUUUAGUAAAGGAGAUUUAGACUGGAAAAUUAUUUGCAAUGAAAGCGGUAUUGUUAAAUGUUUAAUGUUGUAGAUGAAGAAGGCUGAACUAUUUAAGUAUUGCACUGUUGAAAAUUUAAAGAGGGAGAUAAAAAUUUAACGUAAAUUGAAUCACCCUAAUAUUAUUAAAUUGGAUAGUUAUUUCGAAGACAAGGUAUACACAAUCUAUAUUUUAAGACUAAUGUUUAUCUCAUUCUUGAGUAUGCAGAAGGAGGUUCUCUAUUUAAAAAGAUAAAAAAAUAACGUAGACUUUCUGAGGAUGAAGCCUAUCAUUAUCUCUAUUAGACUUGUUUAGGAAUUGAUUACUUACAUAAGAUGAAGAUAAUCCAUAGGGAUAUAAAGGUUUUGAAUUAUAUUUAAAUAUAUAUAUAGCCAGAAAAUUUGUUGUUGGAUACAAAGGGGAAUAUAAAGAUAUGUGAUUUUGGAUGGUCCACUGAAAUGGAUAAUUUGAAAAAAGCUUUUUGUGGGACUAUAGAAUAUAUGGCACCAGAAAUGAUAAAGUCUUAAAGCACAAAUUAUAAAUUAGAUAUCUGGUGUUUAGGAGUUUUACUUUAUGAGAUGGUUUAAGGUAAGCCUCCUUUUACAGGAAGAAAUGAUUAAGAAAAAUGUGUUGCAAUUCUUUCAGGAUAAUAGUUAAAAUAUGAGGAAUCUGUAAGUGAAGAUUGUAAAUCAUUGAUUACCAUGAUUCUACAACCAAAUCCAUUUAAUAGACCUUCUAUUUAAGGUAUUCUCAAUCAUAAAUGGAUGUUAUCUAAAUAAAAGUAAUAAUCUAACAAUGAUCAAUUGAAUUCCAGAAACAUCUCUAUGUUAAUGGAUGAAUUUAGUCAUUCUCCUUUAAAAUCUUGUUAAACUGUUGUUUCUGAAAGGAAAACCAACAAUAAGGAAUGGGAAGAGAUGAAAUAAAGAUCUUAACAUUUUGUGUUUCAUCAACCUUAACCCUUAAACGAACAACCAGAACUAACUUUCUUUAGAAGAGUCCUGAUUUCUCUUGGUUGUAUUAAUCGUUGA